CCCGGACGACUGUAAUAUGAGGACCCGUUCACCGGUAUGUAGCAGCAAGUGCAACUCAGGUCAGCUCGUUCCCAUGUUUGUUGUCCUUGAUGGACAAACGUAUUAUUUACACAGUACAUGUAUAUUAAAACCUUUCUCUUUGUGCAUGUAACUCUGUUUUAAGUAGCGUGUGUCCUCCAAUAGGAGGAUCGUGUCUGCUAACUUUAGCCGACCCAGUCUUCUAGCCUGUGUUUAAAUAUGCAGUAGCUCGUUAAAACGCGAAUACUGUACUUCAUUUUGAAUCUCCAAAAGCUAUGGUAAUAUUGAACAUAUCACAUGAGUUCAAGUUAUGAGGGAGUUUUUGAAAAAAGUACACCGCGUCUUUGUUAAAGUCACGCUGUUUCCGAGCACUUUUGGCAAAUCAGUGCCUCGUCCCACCGCCUCGGAGGUGCUCACCUGCCACCUCGAGCAGCGGAACCUUCCGCCGUGGACGUCUUACUGUGUCCGCUACUCUGCCGUCCACAAUGACCAGUUUGGACUGUCGAACUUUAACUGGAGCGUUCGGGGAUCCAACUACCACAUACUGAGAACAGGCUGCUUCCCUUUCAUAAAAUAUCACUGCACCAAAGCACCUCCUCAGAACCUGGACUUCGAGGACAGGUUUUUCACCAUGCUCAAAGUUAUCAAUCUAGGUAUUCCCUGUUUGGCGUAUGGAAUCGGUUGCUGGAUGGUUGUGGGUGCUGCAGAAACGGUCCAGACGAGCGUCGGUCCUGUCAGAGUCUAUUUUGCCUACAAAGAAGAAGAAGGUGCUCAAUAUUGAGCCCCGAAAACAAACAAUAUUCCAAUGCAAGACAAUAAUGUGUGUGUUAUUUACAUUUACUAAGGAGAGGCGCCAGUGGUUAAACUGACAGGUGUGUCAGUCUGUGUCUCAAGUGAUCAUUUUCUGUUGAAUUAUUAAAGAUUUGAAAUUGUAAUAGAAUA